AUUUGAAAGUAAGAUGCCUUUGUCUCAACUUGUUGCUUGCUGGAGGUGGAAAGGUCCUAGUUAGCUGAGGGAUAGGAGGGCUAAAUGCAAAAAAAAAAAAGUUAGUGCUUAUCUGCAAACUGGUGCCCCUCCCCUCCUCCUAGUGUGAGCUGGAGAGGCUAAACUGAAUGACACAUGUGCUGUUUCCUUUUCCAGUGGUAAAUGGUCAAGAACCAGACAAGAAGCUCCGGAACAAGAGCUGCUUUCUUGCCUGGUUCCUCCCCCAGUCCUGCCAGCUGUUGCAGCUUCAUCUGUCUUUGGACUGCGGAUAGGAAAGCCCGACUGACUGUCAGUAGAAUAAUAAUAAUAAUAAAGCCAGGCGGAGAGAGGGGGGCAGUUUUGAAUGCAUAAAGGAUGGCUUCUCAAAACAGUACAACAUCUGCUCCGCGGGCAGAAUUGGAUGGAAUUUGCAGGCUGAGUCACCACUUCAGAGGGCAUGAAUCCUGUCAAAUUUCAGAAGGAUCACUGUAGCAGUUCUGCCACAAGGACUGAAAUGGCUGCAAAUAUUGGAAGCUCUCCGACUGCAGCUGAUAUUGCAGUCAUCGGAGGUGUCAUUGCAGCGGUGGCUUUUGUCUUGAUUUGCCUCUUGGUAGUGAUGCUGAGAUACAUGUACCGGCACAAGGGCACCUACCACACCAACGAAGCAAAGGGAACUGAAUUUGCCGAAAGCGCAGAUGCCGCUUUGAAAAAUGACCCUACCCUUCAAGAAGCCAUGGAUGAGAGCCGGAAAGAAUAUUUCAUCUGAGAGCAAAGGCAGCCCCACGGAGUCAUACUUAGUCAUUCUCUCCUUCCCAAGGGAAUUGAUCAGAGACAUCAAAAAGCACCGGGAUACAGCAAUUGCACAGAGGAGAACAAGGAGACUAAUUGAAAUAUUGCUGCUUGCCCCCAAGAUGAAGCAACGCCAGAUCCAUGGCUGUUUAUUUGAUUUUAACAGCACAACUCAGUUCAAUAUCAGAUCAAGAGAAACAAAAAAACUCAGGAUGAGUGAUUAACUGAUAACAGAUAAUAGCAUCAAAUGUCAAACCUUGACAUUUGGCAAAAAAUAGCAGGUACCAACUGAAAGCAUCCUCAUAGGCUCGUUGAUCCAUCCCACACUGAUACAGCACCUGAAAGUGAAUUUUAAGCUGCAACCCAACAAACGUUGGGAUGUAUAAAACAGAGGAUCUUGGCACAAGCACUACUCUGAACACAUAUAUUAUAUCCAGAUACUUCGUUUUUCUUAACAUGCAUAAGCUUACCAGUGUGAAUAUAUAUGUGUAUGUUUGUUUUGAGAAGACUACAAAACAACAGCAACCAGGAUCUGACAGAAAACGCAAAGAAAAUGCUGAGGAAAGUUUUUAAAAUGAAGGAUUUUAUUUCCAGAUAGCUAGUGUGGUGUCAUAAUAAGACUCUGUGCUGGGAGUGUAAAUUGGUUGGCUGGAAGCCUGUGUUGACUUAUAGUUGUUGUUUAAGAAGAGUUGCCCAUGAUCUGCUCUUUCACUGCUCUUCUGAGAGUUUAUAUUUGCCUGUAUUAAACUGGCUCCACCUG